GCGAUGCCUCCACCCAAGUUCUCGCGCAGCUUCGAGGCGGUCUACGCCGAGGACGUCCGUCGACGCCAUGCGUCGCCUGCGCCACCGCUAGAGCUCGGCGUCAAAGGCCGGCUCAACAAUCAAGAGAUGGAGAUGCUCCGGCAAAAGCUAGCGCAGGCGACGGCGUACGACCACACGCCCGUGGACAAGGCAUCGGCGCGUCAAAGCAACGUAAAGCGCCCGCCCCAAUUUGUUCGCGCGUCGCCGUCGACCAUCUUGAUGGACCGCGAGACAGUGGCCGUGCGCAGCCGCGCACGCAAGAAGCCACUGGCAGUGAUCCAUGAGGAGCAGGAGAAGCUCAACCGAUUCGAGCCGCAGUACAUUUCGCAUCCGACACGAGGAAUUGACGCGUCAGCCAAGGCGAGGCUCCAAGACGAGUACAAUACAAAGCCGCGCCAAGUGAGCACCGUGCCACUCAAUCUCAUGGAAAACAACCAAGGUACAGAAGACGACGCAGUGAGAGCUGGGAAGCGGCUCGCACCAGCGGCGAUCCCACAAGUGUUUUUGCUCUAGACGACUCUCUGUAUGCAAACGACUACGUAAAUACUUCUGCAUGUCACCUAUCGACCAUGAAUCCACACACUUGAUACA